GUUUUUAGUUUCGUGAUAAAAAAAGACGACGACAAGGCGAGGUGGCGGAGGAGUGCUUCAUAUUGCCUUUCCUCUUUUUUUCAUCAAGCCCUCAGUCCGGACCACGGGGGGAAGGAUCCUAUCCCUAACUUUGUUUUUCUCUCUACUCCAGCCGUUCAUUUUCCCCCAGUUGGAUGCUACAGACUUGAAUUCAGCCAAUUGCUGAGACUGAAAGACCCAAGUGAACAGCAGCAGAGAAUGGCUGCAGUGGAAUCAGACAAGGAGCUCAACGACUUGCUGGAUUUUAGCGCGAUGUUUGAGCUUCCAGUUUCAAAUGGCAAGAACCGACCAACUACUCUUGCCAGCAGUCAGUUUGGAGGUUCAGGAAUGGAUGAGAGGAGUGGGUCCAGUCCCUGGGUGCAAGGACAACAGAACAAUCCAUCAUUCAACCAGGGAAGGGGUUAUGGAGAAGAAGGCCUUUAUGGUGAGCAAGAGGGCAUUGCCUCUGCCCCUAUAUUUGGAUCAGGGAUUGUUGGAAAAGCUGAGCGAGGACCAUACUCGUCAUUUCCUGCACAGCCGGGCUUUAUGCCUAGUGAGAUACCCAUGGCAAGUCCUAAUGCCCUCUCCCCGCCUGGCCUGAAGUCUAACUCCCAGUUUUAUUCCUCUCAUGACGGAAACAACCCUCGUCGGAGACCGGCACAGGAACCUAUUGAAUCGCAGCCAAAAAAGAUCAGGAAGGUGCCCCCUGGCCUGCCUUCCUCGGUUUAUGCACCGGCUUCAGGAGAGGAUUUCAACAGGGACAAUGCUGGCUACCCGGCCUCCAAGGCAGGAAACGUCUACCCACCACCAUUCUACAUGCAAGAAGGCCACCACCCGCCCUCUGAUCCGUGGGGCUCUGCCCGGUCGAUGGUUCAGCCCGGGUAUUCUGCCAUGCUGGGCAACCCCCCCCAUCUGAGCCAGCAUGGCCCUUUCACUGCCAUUAACCCCCAAGACAGACUGAAACGACAGCCACUGCCCCUCUCACCCCAAAACUACCCCCUGCAUGGCAGUGAGGUGAACGGGGCUCAUCCCGCUGGCUUCCACUCCAGCUCCAGCAGCUUCGUAGUCCCCAGCCACACACCCCCUAUUGCCGGCACUGACACUUUGGCCAAUCGAGGAACAGUGCCUGGAAGUUCAGGUGAUGAGAUCGGAAAAGCCCUGGCAUCUAUCUAUCCUUCAGACAGUUCUGCCUUCCCUCCAUCUCCAUCGACGCCCUCUGGCUCUCCCCAGGCUGUGUCAGGCUCUGCAUCGCAGUGGACUCGGUCUUCGGGUCAGGUCACACCUUCACCCAACUUUGAGGAGGGAAUUCAGUCCAUGCCGAGUAAAAUGGAAGACCGUCUGGACGAAGCUAUCAAUGUUCUUCAGCGUCACGCCAGUGGACAGGGCGGGACUGGCCUGGCUGAAAUGCACAGUCUGCUCUCAUCUAGUUUAGGGUUACCUGCAGCCUUCACCAGCGCAGCCCUGGGAAUGGCCAGUCGCCUGCCUGGACUGCUGUCCAGUCACCAUGAGGACUCUGUUGGUCUGCCCUCUAGUGGAGGUCUUAUGCAUAGCAACCAUGGCCCUGCAUCUGUUCAGCAUGGCUCUCAGCCUGAUGGUUUUGCUGGCCUGAUAGCAAGUAUUCAACGUUCCAUUGGGUCUGAUUUGAAACGAGAGGAGAAGGAGGAUGAUGAAAACUGCUCCAUCACUGACAAGUCUGAGGAUGAAAGGAAAGACAUCAAGGGCCUCCUCGGAACAAGUCUGGAUGAUGAGGAAGACGAUGAAGAUCUGCCAGUGGAGAUUAAGGUUGAGCGGGAGAAAGUACGGAGGUUGCAAAACAACACCCGUGAGCGGCUUCGUGUGCGGGACAUCAACGAGGCUUUUAAGGAGCUGGGCCGCAUGUGUCAGCUCCAUAUGAGCUAUGAGAAACCACAGACCAAAUUGAUCGUACUGCAACAGGCCGUUAACGUUAUUCUCAACCUGGAGCAGCAAGUCAGAGAGCGUAAUUUGAACCCAAAGGCUGCCUGCCUCAAGAGGAGAGAGGAGGAAAAAGUUUCAGGUGUGGACCCCCAGAUGCAGCUUGGUGGGGGUCACCCUGGUCUUGGAGAUGGACAUAUGUAAUUCUCAGUUCCUGUUGAUUGUACAGCCCCAAGAACACGUGGCCUUAAUCUUGAAUUGUCAUACAUCUCAGUGUGUGUUAAUCAACUUUUGGAAAGCACACGCGCCCACACACCUCAUUACUUACAAGGCAGUUGGCCACAUUCCUAACGAUGACAAAAGAAACAAGCACAGUCUUCUUGAAAGAGGAAAACAUUUACUGGUCUUGACAAAACUAUGAAUUGAGGACAUUGGUUUGGAGAACAUGAAAAUUGGACAUAAGGACAUUCUUCUGAGCGUGUUUUUUAAGACAUUUUGAAGAAUUGCUUUACCUGUUGGGAGCAAAACUUGUUUGGAUCAAAUAAAACUUUUGGAUCAAUUGCUCACAUGAGCAGAGUUAGGAUUUUUUAUCAUAGGAUAAUUAUUGGCAUUCCCAUCUGAAAAGGAGGUCUUACAUUCUUUACAAGCAAGGAGGCACACAUGGGUUUAUAUCUAAUGAUAGAACAAAACAAAUAGUGUUUGGUUAUAAAUAGCCAACUUUAUUAUCAUCUCAUUUGAUGACUGAAUUAAAUUGGAGACAUCCAGCCACUGACGGCCCAUUAGAGAGAGUCUUCUCUCUUUGAUAUGAUAUGGUAACUCUGGCUGUGGUGAAAAUUUAUUGUUUUUGGCUGUAAAGGUGCCACAGUGACAGACUCGCAUUUCACAGUUACUUUAGAUUUUUUUUUUUUUUUUUGGAUCCCUGAGUCUUAUCUCUGAGUCCUGUACAUCUGUUCUUUUUUUGUGGCCAUGCAAGUGGAAUGAAAGAAUGGUGGCGAGAGACCAACCACCGAUGCAAAGACUCAAUACCUUCCCUCUGUGAGGCUGCCGUUGGACUUGUGCGGAAACAGGUGGCAUCCUCACUGUUCAGCCAUGUGGUCAGUUUGAACCCUCCGACCCAAUACAGCUAGUGUCACAUCAGCCUGUGCCUGUUGAAUCACACCCAAAGACACUGUUACGUUGUUGUGAACUCACUCGACUCACCACAAUCUUUGUUGUGGUGGAUGACAUUUUGCUAAGACAGAAAUAAUUAAGUAUUGAAAGGGAUCAUGAGUGUUACUGCUACCUGCUGAAGAAUUGACUCAAUCGCCAUCGACUGACUCGUGGUUUUUUUGCUCUAUGUUUGGCAGUGCUUUGUGUUUUUUUCCCCCCCUUUUGAACAAUUGCAAACCCGUAUAAGAAUUAUAAGAAUCUUCUUUUUGUAGAAUUGAUUUAUCUUUAUUUUGUGUGUGUUUUUUUUUUACUUUGUAAGAUAGUUAAAUGAGUUUUGUUUUUCUCAUUUUGAAUGCUUUUUGUGUUUACGUUGUUUUAUUGUAACAAGUCUCAAUUUAGAUUUCAGGAACAAAGUGAGUUUUUUUUUUUUUCUUUUGUGCCAGGUGCUUAGAAAUGUUAGCAAUGACAAAACAAACAUCUGGCUGUAACAUCACCUGUUUUGAUAUUGCUCAUUUGUUGUUUUUAAAUGCCUGUUUCAACACAAAACUGUCAGGCCAGUUGUAAUUAGAUUUUUCUUCUGUUGGAGAAAGUUUUCUCCUAAAGUUAAUGUUUUUCUAAAGCACGCCCCAUCUCCUUGCCCUGAUGUCGAGCUUACUGAUGAGCUUGUUGAUUAGUUUGCGGAAAGGGAAAAAGGGGACAUGUUCAACCUGCAACAGAAGUCACUGUUUUGUUUUGAACCGAAGCAUAAGAAGAAUCAAAAAGGGGGGCCUUGGCCAUUUUACUGACUUUGGGAGUUUUGAUAAUGGUUACUCACCAGUGCCUGAAUAGUUCUCUGCUACGUGUUGGAUAAUGUUGCAUUCAAGGACUUUUGGGUUGUACCCUUUUUUUUUUUUAAAUACAGAUGUAUAAAACCAUAUAUACUUAUGUGACAUCCGACUCAGAACAUCUAUAUGAAGGGUGACACUCGUUGAGGCUGGUUUUUCGGAGUCUGUGUCAUUAAAUGUAAGGUGACUUAUAACCUGAUGUACAAUUUUUGAGAGGCAAACUCACUUAUAAUUUCUCAUCUUUGAUGAACUGAUUUGUUAAAAUUUGUUUUUGUCCUUGACUGGUAUGUGCAUUAAAGAAAUAUGCACAGCUGUAAAAAUGAGUCUUCAUCAGCUUUAUCUUUGUAAGCUGGUGUUGAUAUGUAAUAGUGUUUGGUUUACCUCUACAUUUUGUCACAAAUGUUGCCCUAUGAACUGGCCCUUAACAUUAUUUUCUUUUUAAACUACGUCAGAUUUUCAGCAAGGAAUAAUGUAGCGUGAUAUGGAAAGUGGCCACUAAAAACUUGUAUUUUUUAUUUCUUUUAUUGAAAGAAGUGUCUGCAGUAUCAAAGUAUCAACAUGCACUUGAUGUUCUUUGUUAACAGACUCUUCCUGUCCUCAACAACAGAUGACCUGCUUCAAAACUUUGUCUUCACUCAUGUUUGAGGACAGCAUCUAUGUAGGCUAUGUCCUCAAAGUGCCUCCAGUUUCCUAUUUUUUAUAUAUAAAGUAGAUAUUGAGAACUGUUGUGUAUAUAACAGUAAUGUAGCAAUAAAUGUGCCAUUUUUAAUAACAAAAUA